CGAUAAGGACCAGGAGGAAAGGGGGGCGCGGUCGCGUGGAGAGAAGCCGGGUGGAGCCGCGCCGUUGUGGAAAAGAGCCUCGCGCUGACUCCUGCCUUCUGAGCUCGGGGGUCGAAGAUGCCACACAUCGACAAUGACAUUAAGUUAGACUUCAAGGAUGUCCUCUUGAGGCCGAAACGGAGCACACUCAAGUCUCGCAGUGAGGUGGAUCUCAUGAGGUCCUUCAUAUUCCGCAACUCCAAGCAGACAUACACAGGGAUCCCCAUCAUUGCUGCCAACAUGGACACGGUGGGCACUUUUGAGAUGGCCAAGGUCCUUUGCAAGUUCUCUCUCUUCACCACUAUCCACAAACACUACAGUCUGGACCAGUGGAAGGCGUUUGCAGCAGAGAACCCAGAAUGCCUGCUGAACGUGGCAGCCAGUUCAGGCACCGGCCCCUCCGACUUUGAGCAGCUGGAGCAGAUCCUGGAGACGGUGCCGCAGGUGCGCUACAUCUGCCUGGACGUGGCCAACGGGUACUCUGAGCACUUUGUCCAGUUCCUGAAGGACGUGCGCAAGCGGUUUCCGGAUCACACCAUCAUUGCUGGGAAUGUGGUGACAGGGGAGAUGGUGGAAGAGCUCAUCUUAUCAGGAGCCGAUAUAAUCAAAGUGGGGAUUGGCCCAGGCUCGGUUUGUACCACGCGGAAGAAGACGGGGGUCGGCUACCCCCAGCUCAGCGCUGUCAUGGAAUGUGCCGACGCCGCCCAUGGCCUCAAUGGACACAUCAUCUCGGACGGAGGCUGCAGCUGCCCGGGAGACGUUGCAAAGGCUUUUGGUGCCGGAGCGGACUUCGUCAUGCUGGGGGGAAUGCUGGCAGGGCACACCGAAUCCGGCGGGGAGCUCAUUGAGAAGGAAGGCAAGCAGUACAAACUGUUUUACGGCAUGAGCUCAGAGGUAGCCAUGCAGAAGUACGCCGGGGGCGUGGCAGAAUACAGGGCAUCUGAGGGCAAGGUGGUGCAAGUGCCAUUCAAGGGCGACGUGGAGCACACCUUGCGGGACAUCAUGGGCGGCAUCCGCUCCACCUGCACGUACGUGGGGGCUGCCAAGCUGAAGGAGCUCAGCCGCAGGACCACCUUCAUCCGGGUCACCCAGCAAGCCAACCCCAUCUUCGGCGAGGCCAGCCAACCCUGACCUCCGCCCCACGAGAUGGCGGCCGCUCCUGGGCCACUCCAGUGGGAGUAUUUGCACAGGUGGAGCGCUGGCAGGUUUACAAGCACCAGGCCUGGCGCUGACCAAAUCCACCCCGUGCCCGACGCCAGGCUGGCACUCCUUCCUCCCCUCUGCUGCAUUCCUCGCUCAGUCCAGUAUAGGCAGACCACCCUCCUCCUGUGAGUAGAAAGGAGACGUGCGCCUGUGUAAUUAUUUUAUUCCAGUAUUUGUACGCCAGUCCCGCUUCUGCGCUGCACAAUUUGCGUCUUUCCUUCCCGAGACCAAACUCGAAAGGGAGCAGGGGAGGCGUUUUCCGUGGGCCAGGCCAAAGACGGGCUGGGAAAGACAAGAGUGGAACAGCGCCAGAAACCUUUGCACCGUUUGCCGAAACCAAAAAUAAAGCUCGGAAAAUGUC